AUGGCGCUGAGUGACAAAAAUGAAUUUCCAUCUUUUCUUCGAACAGUUCCCAGUGAUUUUUUUCAGUCUGUUAACUUAGCCCGCCUGGUGUUACAUUUUCGUUGGACUUGGGUUGGAAUAUUAACUGACAGCAGUGAUUACGGUCAACAAGGAAGCCAGAAAGUAAAAGAAGAGCUUAUCAAAGCUGGUGCCUGUAUUGCAUUCCAUGAAAGAAUUCCCACCUUAUACUCUGAAGAGAAAAUCCAAUAUAUAAGUAAAACCAUUAAGACUUCAUCUUCAAAUGUGAUUAUGACCUAUGGCAUAGAUUACAAUCUCUAUCCAGUCAUGGAAGUUAAUGCAAAGAAUAAUGUGACAGGGAAAAUAUGGAUUGCUAGUGAUGCUUGGUCAAAUUCUCCCAUAUUUCACAGGAAGGAAUUAUUAAUAACUCUUCAAGGUACACUCGGUAUCCAAACUCGGAGAGGAUUUAUGUCGGGAUUUAAAGAAUUUAUUCAGAGUCUUACUCCUUUUACAGAACCAGACAAUGUGUUUUUGAAAAUAUUCUGGGAAUUGAUUUUUGACUGCAAAUUUCAGUUUUCUGAAAUUAAUGAAAUCAGUAGAAAUCAAAUAAAUGAGACGAAAAAGUGCACAGGUUAUGAGAAGUUGAAAGACUCUGAUCUUAACUUUUUUGAACUUGAUGAUUUGAGAUAUACUUAUAACAUCUAUAACACCAUCUAUGCAAUUGCCCAUGCCUUCCACAAUAUGAAUGCAUGCAAACAUGGACAAGGACCAUUUUGUAAUGCCACAUGCACAGCAAUUGGCACUUUUAAGCCAUGGCAGCUUUUCUACUAUCUUAAGACAGUACAUUUUUGGAAUAAAAAUGGUGAAGAAAUAUUUUUUGAUAUGUAUGGUGACCCUCCCGCUGUAUUUGGCAUUCUAAACUGGCAAGCAACAGCAAAUGGUUAUUUCCAAUAUUUGGAGGUUGGUCGUUUCAACUCUAGUGCUACAGAUGGUGAAGGUCUAACAAUAGAUCUGAAAUCUGUUGUGUGGAACACAGGGAGUAAAGAGCUUUUCUACUAUCUUAAGACAGUACAUUUUUGGAAUAAAAAUGGUGAAGAAAUAUUUUUUGAUAUGUAUGGUGACCCUCCCGCUGUAUUUGGCAUUCUAAACUGGCAAGCAACAGCAAAUGGUUAUUUCCAAUAUUUGGAGGUUGGUCGUUUCAACUCUAGUGCUACAGAUGGUGAAGGUCUAACAAUAGAUCUGAAAUCUGUUGUGUGGAACACAGGGAGUAAAGAGAUCCCUCGUUCAGUAUGCAGUGAAAGUUGUCCUGUAGGAUACAGGAAGGUGCCUCAGCCUGGUCAGCCCAUCUGCUGUUUCAACUGUGUCAUGUGUUCCAGAGGGGAAAUUUCCAAUCAAACUGAUUCUGUUUCCUGUGUGAAGUGCACUCCAGAUGAAUGGCCCAAUGAUAAACUGGACAAGUGUGUUAAGAAACAGUAUGAAUACCUUUCUUAUGAACAGCCUCUUGGAAACAUUUUAUCUGCAUUUCCCAUCUUCAUGGCAGUAACUACUGCUUUUGUCUUUGCUACAUUUAUGAGGUCCCAUAACACUCCUGUUGUUAAAGCAAACAACCGUGAACUCAGCUAUAUCCUCCUGAUAAGUCUUGUACUGUGCUUCCUCUGUUCAUUGAUCUUCAUUGGUCGACCCACCCACCUGACCUGCAUGUUGCGCCAAGUUACUUUUGGCAUCAUUUUUACACUUUCUGUUUCUUGCAUUUUAGCUAAAACUGUUGUGGUUAUCAUUGCUUUCAAAGCUAGUAAACCAAACAGCAAUCUAAAAAAAUAUGUUGGGCCCAGGCUGCCAAAAGCUUUGGUUACUAUCUGUACACUUAUCCAAGUUAUAAUAUGUGCUAACUGGUUAAUUAUGUGCCCUCCAUUUCAGAAUGAAAACACAACUUCUGUAACAGGGAAGAUCAUUGUAGAAUGCAAUGAAGGUUCACCUACAGCAUUUUGGUGUAUGGUUUCCUAUAUGGGCCUGUUAGCCACUGUAAGCCUUGUAGUAGCAUUUCUAUCCAGGAACCUCCCAGACAGCUUUAAUGAGGCUAAAUACAUCACAUUCAGUAUGCUGGUUUUUGUCUCUGUAUGGUUGUCAUUCAUUCCAGCCUACCUGAGCACACUAGGGAAGUACAUGGUGGCUGUGGAAAUGUUUGCCAUUGUGUCCUCUGGUGCUGGUCUUCUAUUUUGCAUAUUUACUCCUAAAUGUUUCAUUAUUCUAUUCAGGCCCAAUCUGAACACCAGAGAUUACCUAAUGGGAAAAGGUGGAUUUAAAAAUUGA